AAUACCCGAAAACCGACUCUCUCUCCCUCCCACUCCUUCCCUCACUUUCUCUUUCAAACCCUAACCCCCAAACUUCCCCAGCACACCAAACCCCCUCCCAAGAUGCUGGAGCUCAGGCUCGUUCAGGGCAGCCUGUUGAAGAAGGUCCUGGAGUCGAUCAAGGACCUGGUCAACGACGCCAACUUCGACUGCUCCGCCACCGGCUUCUCACUCCAGGCCAUGGACUCGAGCCACGUCGCUCUGGUCGCGCUCCUGCUCAGAUCCGAGGGGUUCGAGCACUACCGGUGCGACCGGAACAUAUCCAUGGGCAUAAAUCUUAACAAUAUGGCCAAGAUGCUCAAGUGCGCCGGUAACGAUGAUAUUAUCACGCUUAAGGCGGACGACGGGAGCGAUACCGUCACCUUCAUGUUCGAAAGUCCAACUCAAGAUAAGAUUGCCGAUUUUGAGAUGAAGUUGAUGGACAUCGAUAGUGAGCAUCUUGGAAUUCCGGAAGCCGACUACCAUGCUAUUGUCCGGAUGCCCUCAUCAGAAUUUGCCAGGAUUUGUAAAGAUCUUAGCAGUAUUGGUGACACUGUUGUGAUAUCUGUGACAAAGGAAGGUGUCAGGUUCUCUACAAGAGGUGAUAUUGGGACUGCAAAUGUUGUUUGUCGCCAGAAUACCACGGUAGACAAGCCUGAAGAAGCUACAAUCAUAGAGAUGAAUGAGCCAGUAUCACUUACAUUUGCUCUAAGAUACAUGAACUCCUUCACAAAGGCAACCCCAUUGUCAAGCACAGUCACAUUAAGCUUAUCUUCCGAGCUACCAGUUGUGGUUGAGUACAAGAUUGCGGAAAUGGGUUAUAUCAGGUUCUACUUGGCUCCUAAGAUCGAAGAGGAUGAUGACGAGGCAAAACCUUAAAGGUUAAACUUCCCAAAUUUUGGACUUCAGGCUACAGCUUCCCGUGUCUUGCCUUAAAUCAUCCUGUGUCCUAACUAAGAAAACGUUUCUCAUAUUUGUCGUAAAAAUUGCGCCAUUGGAGGCAAGUAGUUGAUGGUGGUUCUGAAAAAUGUUGCUCUUUUUCAUAAUUUCCCCUGUUUUAGUGUGUUUUUUAGCAGACAUUGUGGUUAACACUAGUUGAUGUAUCAUGUUAUUUUAGCUGAAA